UCCUUCCUUGAUUUUCUUUCUAUAGAGUUGCACUCUUUCUUCAGUCUUCACUUCACUUCAACACCAUCUCCAUUCUCAUCUUUUCCACAUUUUCUUUCUCUCUCUACCUCUCUUUCUCUCUCUAGGUGCUGAGAAAGUACUAGUACUGUUGUAUAUAUACAACUAUCUAUGUAAGCUCUUAGUCAUGGGCUGCUUUCAGUCCAAAACCACCCACUUGGCUUCCCCUGACCAGGACCCUCCUCUCCAAGAUCCAGUAACGAAUGAAGCUAAUGGGGAAGAAGAAUCACAAGAAGAGCAUGCGGUGGCUGUGUUCAAAGAGUUCGGCCUGGCUGAGCUCCGAGCGGCCACAAAUGGGUUCAGCUCCGAACUGAUCGUCUCGGAGAGUGGAGAGAAAGCCCCCAAUGUGGUCUACAGAGGGAAGCUUCGGAACAAUCGUUUGGUCGCCAUUAAGCGCUUCUCCAAGCAGUCUUGGCCUGACCCCAAUCAGUUUCUGACGGAGGCUUCUGGGGUUGGAAAGGUCAGACACAAGAGAUUGGUGAAUUUGAUUGGUUGUUGUGCUGAGGGAGACGAGCGGCUGUUGGUCGCAGAGUACAUGCCUAAUGAUUCUCUUUCCAAGCAUCUCUUUCACUGGGACAAACAGCCACUGCCAUGGGAAAUGCGUGUGAGAGUUGCGUAUUAUAUUGCACAAGCGCUUGAUCAUUGCAAUGCUGAAAAUCGGAAGCUAUAUCACGACUUGAAUGCAUACAGAGUUCUCUUUGAUGAGGAAGGUGAUCCUCGGCUAUCUAGCUUUGGCCUUAUGAAGAAUAGCAGAGAUGGAAAAAGUUAUAGCACUAACUUGGCUUACACGCCACCUGAAUUUUUGCGAACAGGUAGGGUCAUCCCAGAGAGUGUAAUCUACAGUUAUGGAACUGUGCUGCUAGAUCUUUUAAGUGGAAAGCAUAUACCUCCAAGCCAUGCACUGGACUUGAUAAGGGGAAACAAUUUGUUGUUGUUGAUGGAUUCAUCUUUAGAAGGGCAGUAUUCCAACGAAGAUGCCACUGAAUUGGUCGAACUGGCCUCGAGAUGUCUUCAAUACGAGGCUAGAGAUCGACCUGAUGUAAAAUUUCUUCUUUCAGCUGCAGCACCCCUCCAGAAGAAGCAAGAGGUUGCGUCACAUGUUUUGAUGGGUUUAACAAAAACUCCGGUGGUAUUGCCAACCAUGCUCUCUCCUCUUGGAAAGGCUUGUGUGCAAAUGGAUCUUACUGCAGUGCAUGAGAUUUUGCUUAAAACUGGUUAUAAAGACGAAGAGGGUGCUGAAAAUGAACUGUCAUUCCAAGAGUGGACACAACAAGUGCAAGAUAUGUUAAAUACGAAGAAAUUCGGGGAUAUCGCAUUCAGAGACAAGGAUUUCAAAAAUGCCAUCGAGUAUUAUUCUAAGUUGGUAUCAAUGAUGUCUGUGCCAUCGGGAACGAUCUUUGUGAGGCGAGCAUUAUCGUACUUGAUGGUGGAGCAAGCGGAGCUAGCUCUGAGAGAUGCAAUGCAGGCUCAAGUGUGCUUGCCAGAGUGGCCGACGGCAUUCUACAUGCAAGCUCUUGCACUCUCCAAGCUAGGAAUGGAGACUGAUGCCCAAGAUAUGCUCAAUGAUGGAGCCUCCUUUGAAGCAAAGAGGCAGAACAGCUGGCGCGGCCAGAGUCUAGGGAUGUAAAUUAUUCUCAUUGCUGCAAUCUCUCUCUCUCUCUCUCUAAAAGAAAAUUAUUCUCAUGCUGCUAAGGGCUGUCUUAGAAGAGGAUAUAAUGUUUGAGCACAAGUUUUGGUGGUUGUUUUUCGGAGGGAUAUUUUGGAAAGAACACCCUCUUGUUUUGCAGAAUAGUUUUACAAAGAAAUGUAUAAAAGCAUAUGAGAUUCGUGUCAUGGUUCGAAUCAUGGUUCGUGGCUCGUUACAGUAUUUUUUCU